AUGUCCGUGGAACUCAAGCUCUCUCGUCCCAAUCGUAUCUAUCGCCCUUCGGAAACUCUGGAAGGCAAAAUCGUUGUCAAAGCUCAGUCUUCAAUUUCCCACUAUGAAAUUCGCCUCACUGUCAAAGGAUCCGUCAACUUGCAGGUUCGUGGAGGAUCAGCUGGGGUUGUUGAAUCACUCUAUGGCGUUAUUAAGCCCAUUCCAAUUGUGAAUAGGGUCAUUGGGGUUAAAUCUUCUGGAAAGAUUGGUAUGGGUACAUCAGAGAUACCAUUCUCUUUGAAUCUGCGGGAUAAAAAUUUAGAAAGAUUUUAUGAGACAUUCCAUGGUACAAAUAUAAGCAUCCAGUAUUUGGUGACUGUAGAUAUACCUCGUGGAUACUUGCAUAAAUCAUUAUCAGCAACAAUGGAGUUCAUUGUUGAAAGUGAUAAAGCUGAUCUUCUACAAAGGCCACUUUCUCCAGAGAUGGUAAUCUUUUACAUUACUCAAGACACUCAAAGGCAUCCUCUACUUCCUGAAAUAAAAUCUGGUGGAUUUUGGGUGACAGGAAAAAUCUCCACUCAGUGUUCUUUGUCUGGUCCUAUUAGUGGUGAGUUAACUGUAGAAGCAUCUGCAGUUCCAAUUCAGUCAAUUGACAUUCAGUUGUUUCGAGUUGAGUCCAUUCUUCUUGGGGAGAAAAUUGUGACUGAAACCUCUCUGAUUCAAACAACACAGAUAGCAGAUGGAGAUGUAUGCCGACAUUUGACACUGCCUAUUUAUGUAAUACUACCACGUCUUGUGACCUGUCCAACAACCUUAGCGGGUCCCUUCUCAAUAGAGUUCAAAGUUGCUAUUGUUAUAAGCUUUCAGUCAGAGCUAAGUAAAUUGCAUAAAAAAUCGGACCCCAAAACUCCAAGACUCUGGCUGGCAAUGGAAACAUUACCACUUGAGUUGGUUAGGACAAAAACCAUUGCAUUGAAACAGUUCUUCGUCUCUGCAUCCAAACUACUUUACUAA